AUGCCUUCGGACAUCCAUGUAGUCGUCCGCUUCCAUGAUCAAUCCGUGUUUGCGGGCGAGCAGCUCCGAUGCACCAUCACCUUCAGAAAUGUCGCGACCUCGUCCGAGCCGCUCACGCCCUCGUUCCAGAGCCUGCGAAGGCAGAGGCGCGAGAGCAUCAGCCAGCUUGCCGCCUCUCAGUCAGCGAAGCCCAGCACUGUGUUGCGAUUGAGUCAGAAUGGGCAAAACGGUGGUCGAUCGACCAGCCACGAGCACGCUGCUGCUGACCACGCUGGCCGGCAGAUGCCAUUGGGAUCGUUGUACACGGACAACAAUUCCGCCAAUGUACAGAGGCCAACCCACAAGCAACAGAGAUCCGUGUCCAUCAUCUCGUUGACAUCUCCGACAAUCGCGGGUGAUCUCGAACACGGCGCGUCUGGGGGCUGGACCAAGCCCAAAAAGCCGAGUCAUUCGCGCUCCUCGACGGUACAGAUUCAUCAUGCUCAUCCAGAUAUAGCUUCCCAAAGAAGAACUAGUCAACAAUACCACCGGGAUUCCCCGACCAGUCUUCAGCUACCGCCCAGAGGUGGUCGUCGUAGUCCCUUGUCGGCAGCGGCAGCUGGGAGUCGCGAUUCAUCGUCCGAAUUCAAAUCCGUUCCACCUCCACAAGGCGCUAGAAACCAGCACUCGGACAACGAGCCCAAUGACAUGCAAGUUCCAAGCCCUAUCGAUUCCGGCGAGGCUGCUAGACCUCCGGGGGCGGGGGUUGGGCCCGACCUUUCCAGCGAAAGGAGCAGUGGCGAUUUCUACUCGCUCAGCAACCACUCCCAAGAAACGCUCAUGUCGGAGCAACCUUCGAUCAUGUCAGACCACCACCGGCCCCCUUGGAUCAACUCUAUGGCCAUGCCUCGGCGACCGCCGCUGAGGCCGGCGCAUCAGCCGCAAGCCGUGAACCUUCUGAUGGGGUACGCCCAGUUGAGCGCCACCUUCACGUUGGACGCCUCGCUGAUCGACCAGUCGCACUUUGAAGAAGUGAAAAGCAAAGGCUUUCUGGGCGGCCAAGCGGGCGGUGGCGUGGUCGGAGUCAAGAAGCCGCGGCCCAACAGCGGCUUCUUGGGGCACUUUAACCUCAACGCCCUGGGCGUCGGGUCCUUGAACAGCCUGAUGGGGGGCGAAGACAUGAGCAGCGUCAAGGAAAUGCACGCCGUGACCAACUCGCGCGCCAUCCCCAUCCUCUCUACGCCGCAGUCGCUGCUGUUCGUCGACAUGCACCUCGAGCCUGGCGAGGAGCAGACCUACUCUUACAGCUACCCCUUGCCUCGAGGCUUACCUUCCAGCCACCAGGGGAAGGCUAUCAAGAUCGGAUAUAAUCUGACGGUAGGCGUUCAGGGCGUACCCGGGAGCCGGGACGUGCACACGGUACGGCAAGUCAAUAUUCCAAUCCGUGUCUUCCCCGGAGUCAGUCACGACGGCGAGAUCUACGGCCAUGAUCUGAUGCAACCUCAUGUCAUUCUGCGCGAUCUCGCUCGUACAAAGUCUAUAUCUACCCCGCAGGACCAGGAAGAAGCAGCCACCCCGACCACCCAGUCGGCCGAGACUUCCAGCGUGGAGUUCCUCCAGUUCGUGGACACGCUUCUUGACCACAAUCGCCGCCGGCAGUCGAGCUCGGGAACGAUGGAGGCAUUUCUGAACACCCAAGAUGCGGUGGGCGGCCGCGGAAAGGCUCUUCAGGCCAUUGACCGCGCAAUCCUCUUCAGCAACUCCCUGUCGGACAGUGAGUCGAGCCCGAACCGUUUCGAGAUUGCGCGGAACGGUUCACGAGUCGCGGUCAUCGUCAUCGACCGACCUCUACAUCGACUGGGCGAGACAGUCACAGCCGUCGUCGACUUCUCCGACGGCCAAGUCCCCUGUGCUUCGCUCAAAUCGACGCUCGAGACAUCCGAGAAAGUCGCUCCCUCGCUCGCAGUCAGAUCCGUCCACACGAUCAACCGCAUCACACGGAAAGUGUAUGCCGCACGCUCCGAGAACAUCCUUUUCGCCAAACGGGCUACAUUUGCACCUAGUAUCCCCGCAUCCGCAACGCCCACGUUUGUUACCUCGGGAGUCAAUCUUGACUGGAGUCUUCGUUUCGAGUUCGGCACCAUCAAGCCGGUUGAAAACGACGAGGGCGAGUUCAAAGUUAUGACGGAUCUGCUCGAGGAAGUGGUCAAUGACGAGCGAGGCACAGUGAAUGUUGCCGCGGAAAAUCUUGAAUGCGACACCUUUGAGGUGGUGAUACCCAUCACUGUGUAUGGCGAUCUGGUUCCCGAUGGCAAGGAAGGCGACGAGAUCGUCGGUAUCCCAGUUUAA